GCAAGCCACAGGCAUGCAGAGAGGAAUAACAGCUGGCACACAAAGGCCGCGAUGUCAUUUGAUUGCAUAUUUUGAUAGCUGGUACUACCUUCCGUUUUAUCCCGUGACUUCCAUGUCAUUCCCGCUUGCGUCCCUUGCUACGAAGCGAGAGCCGUCAUUGCAGCAAGCUGCCGAAUCGCGACAGCCAGACUCUACCGCCUGUCCAAAACAUCACCACCCAGUUCUGGCAGAUUCAAAACAUUACCAGACCGCUCUCGGAGGUGCCCCACGUCAUCGACCUCAACAGAGUGUCAAAGACUUCCGAACCAGCGCGAAGCCUCGCGCGCAGAGAACAAACACCAAGCUGCUCCCUCGAGACGGCGUUGCGUGUCUUGACACCCCGUACGGCGACGCACCCAGCAUCGGUGAAUGCCAAAGACUCUGUGAACACUUUCUGGGCCAACACACGCACGUCGUGACCCUCAAUCCGGUGCAUAUGAUCACCUAUUGGACCGGCAAUGCCAUGUUCGGACUGGCCAAUCUCGACCCUUGCAACGCGCGCAGUGUCCAGCACGGGGUCUUGAGACUCUGGUGCUCCGAUAUGCUUGAGCGGUGCAUCGCCAAUGAAAUGGACGGCUACUACGAUGCAGAGAGCUACCAUAUGGCUGCUGCACUCACCGGGGACGAGGCGAUGCCGCCCUAUUAUUUCGACGAUCACUGCUGAACUCUACCUGUACCUUACACACCAUGCUGGCCUUCUGUCGCUGUUCUUUCGUCUUGC